AUGGCCGCAGCGCCUUCGGAGAAGAAGAAGCCGAGCGCUCUUCGAUCGAUUAUUGCAGGCGCAACAGCAGGUGCUGUAGAAAUUUCAAUAACCUACCCCGCCGAAUUCGCCAAGACACGAUCGCAGCUUAACCGACGGUUACCAGACGGAAAGAAGCUACCAUGGCCUCCGUUUGGCAAGCAGUGGUAUGCAGGGUGCACGACACUGAUAAUUGGCAAUUCACUGAAGGCUGGAAUCCGCUUUGUCGCUUUCGAUAUGUACAAGUCAAUGCUCGCAGACGCCGAAGGCAAGGUCUCGGGUCCUGCGACCGUAAUUGCAGGAUUUGGUGCUGGAGCCACCGAGUCACUUCUUGCUGUGACCCCCUUCGAGAGUAUCAAGACUCAGCUCAUUGAUGAUCGCAAGUCGGCGAAUCCUCGUAUGCGCGGCUUCCUCCACGGUUCGAAAAUAAUUGCACAAGAGCAGGGUAUUCGAGGUUUCUUCAAGGGCUUCGUUCCCACAACGGCGCGACAAGCUGCCAACUCAGCUGUGCGCUUCUCUAGCUACACGGCCCUCAAACAGAUGGCACAAUCAUACGCUCCGCCUGGCGAGAAGUUGGGAGCUGCGAGCACCUUCGGAUUGGGAGGCCUGGCAGGUGUCAUUACCGUGUACACGACAAUGCCCAUUGACACAGUUAAGACACGCAUGCAAUCGAUUGAAUCCCGAAGCAUGUACAAUAAUAGCUUCCACUGCGCAGCGCAGAUCUUCAAAGAGGAAGGUAUACUUACAUUCUGGUCUGGAGCUGUCCCUCGUUUAGGCCGACUAAUCCUGAGCGGAGGCAUCGUGUUCACCAUGUACGAAAAAUCAAUGGAGUUCAUGGACCGAGUCGACCCGCACGGGCGUUACAUAUGA